CUAGUGCCCCCUUGUACCAGCUCCUCCCCUCCAGUCUUACACAGGUGUACCGGCUCCUCCCCUCCAGUCUUACACAGGUGUACCGGCUCCUCCCCUCCAGUCUUACACAGGUGUACCGGCUCCUCCCCUUCAGUCUUGCACAGCUGUACCGGCUCCUCCCCUUCAGUCUUGCACAGGUGUAGCGGCUCCUCCCCUCCAGUCUUGCACAGGUGUACCGGCUCCUCCCCUCCAGUCAUGCACAGGUGUACCGGCUCCUCCCCUUCAGUCUUGCACAGGUGUACCGGCUCCUCCCCUUCAGUCUUGCACAGGUGUACCGGCUCCUCCCCUCCAGUCUUGCACAGGUGUACCGACUCCUCCCCUUCAGUCUUGCACAGGUGUAGCGGCUCCUCCCCUCCAGUCUUGCACAGGUGUACAGGCUCCUCCCCUUCAGUCUUGCACAGGCGUACCGGCUCCUCCCCUUCAGUCUUGCAAAGGUGUACCUGCUCCUCCCCUCCAGUCUUGCACAGGUGUACCGACUCCUCCCCUUCAGUCUUGCACAGGUGU